AUGGAGUCGUCGAAUACCCAGAGAAGAAUCACGAAGCGGUCGUCGUACGCAUACCUGUCUGAAUUACAACAGAAAAUCGCACGUCUAGAGCGUCUUCAAGCGAGGGCGUUGGCCGAGCAGAGCAUCAGACGUGGCGAGGAUGUCGACAAUCCUGAGGAUGGCUUCGGAGAUCCAUCAAGAUAUGACGAGCACCGUCGUGCUAGCUAUCACAGCCCGGAGGCUGCGCGACGGGACUCACCGCCACGAAAUCCCGAUGGCGACGGUCCAGAUCUGACGAACCCUCUCACUGCGACGCCGUCCCGGUAUUGUCUUUCAGCAUCCAAUGGAAUGGCCUACUUCCUUGCUCCGGGGUCCAAUUGGUCAUUCUCACGGCACGUUCUCAGUGUCACACACGAUCAUGUCUGUCAAUCUCCUCUUCCUACCAAUAGCCUAUUAUUCGACGGCUGCGCCUAUGACCUUGGAUGGGACGGCUCUCGAAGCACGCAAGCCCUCGACAGCCGCUUCAUUCCGUCAAUCGAUUACGCAAUCUUUCUUAUCAACGCCGUCAAAUUUCACUGCGGCCAAAUGUUCCAUCUCUUCGAAGUAGACGAGUUCAUGGUCAACAUGCAGAAUUUCUACGCCAAGUCAUCUGUUGACCGGGCAGAGGACACCAGCCUCUGGUACAUCCACUUCCUGGUUAUCCUCGCUUUCGGCAAAAGCCUGAUCCAGAGAAAGAGUGAAGGCAAGAGACCAUCAGGGGCGGACUUCUUUGUCAGGGCUCUACAGCUCUUGCCAGACGUUACCGCGCUGUGCAAAGAACCCAUUCUGUCUUCGGAGAUCCUAUGCUCGAUUGCGUGGUACUACCAAGCGUUGGACUUCCGACAUGCUGCUCACAACUUUAUCGGACAGGCGAAGAGCAUGGCGAUGAAUCAUGGUAUGCAUACCGACAUGCCAAUCAUGGAGCUUGGUCCGGAACUGGUGCAAAGAUGUCGCAAGAUCUGGUGGACAGUGUACGUGUUGGAUCGUCAGAUGAGCUCGUUGAUGGGGCUGCCCCAGUCAACUCUGGACGAAGGUGUCUACUGCCAGUUGCCUUCCUACUCGGGAUCAGUACAACGCACGACGGCCUUGAGCAUGCAGAUAAAGUUCGCGCGCAUUAUUGCUGAGAUCAGCAGCACCGUCUAUGGGACGACAGGUCGCUUGAAUAAGAGAUUCGUCCUAGGCACCAAAGCUGUGCUCCAGAGCAUUGUGUCAGUCGCAGACGAGCUUCGUACCUCGUUCCCACUACAUGCAGAUGAGCGAUUCGAUGGAAUCUCGAGACUCUCUGCGCACCUGCACCUGUCUUACUAUCAGUGUAUCGUCCUCGCGACAAGACCCCUGCUGCUAUGCUGUCUGAUCAAGAGAUUCGAGUCACCACUCGAGGCAGACUCUCUGAUAGCAUCACCGAAAGUUCGAAACCCCGUCCAAAUGUGUGCCGAAUCCUCUAUUCAAAUCCUCAACAUCCUCGACAGACUACGAGCUCAGGGAUUGCUAGAAACCUUUCUUCCCCUCGACCUUGACUCCCUAUUUGUAUCCACCGUCGCCCUCCUCGUCGCCCGAGCAGUCGACUCCCGUCUGAUCGAAAGUCAGUCGCCGUGGCUAGAGAAGUCGCACGCCAUAAUCGAAGAAAUGGUGGCCAGCGGGAACCUGAUUGCGGGGUUCCGCAGGAACGAGAUGCAAAAGCUGGAGGAGAUGCUCAGCAACUUCACGACGACGCAGCCUCGUGUUGCGGGCAUUCCCGAGGAUACGCAAGGCGCCGAAUGGCAGCAACAGCAAACAGAUUCCGCCGCCGCUGUCCAGGAGCCAGUACCGCCGCCGCCGUUUCCCGAGUUUACCAAAGACAGCAGCAGCCAGGCGGAGGACCUGACGGCCCAGCAGAUUAUUGAUGUGGUUAACUCUAUGGAAUGGGAGGAUAACGAGUGGAUGUCAUUUACGGUUAUGGAUGAUCAAGCAUGA